AUGGACCUGCACAAUCAGUCCCAACUUAGUCCACCCGAAUCCAUGCUGAAGCUGGAUACCUUGCAAAGUGAGGAAGCUGUCUUAUCGAAGACAAGACCAGAGGGAAAAGAUCCCUUCGGAGAUGAGAGCCAGACUGGCGUGAAAUACAAGACCAUGGCUUGGUGUGGCAUCCUGACCAUCCUCGCCAUUGGACUCAUCUCUACAUAUACCGCAUAUACCAUUGGGCAAUUCAAAUGCCGUCAUAUGCAGAUUCACAGUAUGGCUGAUGCUGGUGAUAUUCUGAUUGGAAGAGUCGGACGCACCACACUCGACAUUGCUCAGCUUGUCUUUUUUGUUCUGAUCAUGGGGAGCCACGUCCUCUCCUUCUCGAUCAUGAUGAAUGUCCUCACUGAACACUCCACCUGUACUGUGAUCUUUUCCAUUGUUGGUUUACUUGUAUCAUUCUUGCUGACCCUUCCCCGACGACUUGAGAGGCUCUCUCACAUCUCCUAUGUCAGCUUUGUCAGUAUCAUCGGGGCGGUGAUCACAGGCAUGAUUGGAGUCGCUCUUGUGAAGACAGGAUCUACUCAUACCCAACUAUUUGCGCCCAAGCCCAAAGUACACGAUGCGUGCCUUGCUGUUGCAAAUGUAAUUUUUGCAUAUGCCGGUCAUGUCGCAUUCUUCACACUCUUCUCUGAGCUCAAGGAGAUCAAGGACUUCCCCAAAGCUCUCGCGCUGCUUCAGUUGAGUGAAAUGGUCCUAUACACGGUCUCGGCCAUUGUGAUAUAUGUAUACGUUGGACCGGCUGUCAUCUCGCCCGCUCUCAAUUCUGCAGAAGAAUCAUUUCGCAAGAUUUCCUACACCAUCGCACUUCCCACGGUAUGUUAA